AUCGUCCUCCACCUCCUCUUCAAGUCCCUUCAAGACACCCAACACCCCACAGACAUGGCCCCCAAGAAGGUCAAGGCGCCCAAGGAGGAGAGUGCUGUCUCGCUCGGCCCACAGGUUGCUGAAGGCGAGCUCGUGUUCGGCGUUGCCCACAUCUACGCGUCGUUCAACGACACUUUCGUCCAUGUCACCGAUCUCUCCGGCCGUGAGACCAUCUCGCGUGUCACUGGCGGUAUGAAGGUCAAGGCCGACCGUGACGAAUCUUCGCCGUAUGCUGCCAUGUUGGCCGCGCAGGAUGCAGCUACGCGGUGCCGCGAGAUCGGCAUCACUGCAUUGCACGUCAAGCUCCGUGCCACUGGCGGUACUGGCACCAAGACUCCUGGCCCUGGUGCGCAGAGCGCCCUCCGUGCGCUCGCUCGUGCUGGCAUGCGCAUCGGCCGCAUUGAGGACGUGACCCCCAUCCCCACCGACUCCACUAGGCGCAAGGGUGGUCGCCGUGGUCGCCGUCUCUGAUCGUUCAGAUCAGUGCAAAAAUUACAAUCAUCGUCAUGUAUAUCUUACAUUGUCAAUGAUCAAUGGUCGCCGCUCGCACGCAUCAGGUUCUUUGGCUUGCGCAAAGACCUGCCCCGUGGCGAGCUCUUUGUGUCUCUAUCUGGAUGCGUGAUCAUCUUGUGAUGCUAGCUGUGGUCUGUUCACCAAUAGCUCGAUAUGUCGACUGUUUGUUCUGCUACAGGAAGUACUGAUAAGUCGAGUCAAGAGGUGAUCGUUGCAACCUCCUCAAAGUAUCGAAUGGCGCCUGAGCAGCUCUGUAAUUUUGCUCUACUGUUAUGCGAGCUAAGUAAUUUAUCGAC